UUGAUUGAUAUCGAUUCCGUUUAUUUUUCUUUGCUUUCCUAUGUAAGCAGAAAUCCAACGAGCUAAACAAACUACACCAACAGCCAAACCUUAACAGUAGCUGACGGAAAUAUUCGUGCUGGGCAGGAUAAUGCACGUGUGUAAAAAGAUAAAAUAACAUGGGAUUGGAAUUUGGAAGUGGAAUGAGUGAACUGUCCAGCAGAAUGUGCUGUUGCAGCACUCAUAUACCAACACCAAAUUUCGUUCCAAGACGUCCCGAAUGAAAACCUUCACUGCCAGUCAGCUGGAUGAGAUCAAAGAUCCUUCUGGUCUCUUCUACAUCCUGCCCUUCCAGAAGGGCUACCUAGUCAACUGGGACGUCCAGAGGAAAGUUUGGGAUCAUCUGUUUGGAAAGGAGAUGUUCAAGGUGGACUUUCCUGACACAAGCGUGGUCAUCACUGAGCCCUACUUCAACUUCACCUCCAUCCAGGAGUCCAUGAACGAGAUACUCUUUGAGGAGUACCAGUUCCAGUCGGCAGUCAGAAUCAACGCGGGUUCUCUGAGCGCUCGGCACUACUUCCACACCAAACCCUCUCAAGUAUGCUGCCUACUCGUCGACAGCGGCUUUUCCUUCACGCACAUCGCCCCCUACUGCCGCAGCAGCAAAAUGAAGGACGCCAUCCGCAGGAUCAGCAUAGGAGGAAAGCUGCUGACCAAUCACCUGAAAGAGAUCAUUUCCUAUCGGCAGCUGCAUGUGAUGGAUGAAACGCACGUGAUCAACCAGGUGAAGGAGGACGUGUGUUACGUGUCCCAAGACUUCUACAAGGACAUGGCCAUCGCACAACUGAAGGGACAUGACAACACUGUCAUGAGGGAUUAUGUUCUUCCUGACUUCAGCACCAUCAAGAAAGGAUUCUGCAAGCCAGCUGAGCAGGUGGUCCUGAGUGGGAAGUACAAGACGGGAGAGCAGAUCCUCAGGCUCGCCAAUGAGCGCUUUGCCGUUCCAGAGAUGCUCUUCCACCCUUCAGACAUUGGUCUCCAGGAAAUGGGCAUUCCAGAAGCAAUUGUGCACUCUGUCCAGUCCUUGCCGGAAGACAUGCAGCCCCACAUGUAUGACAACAUCAUCCUGACCGGAGGCAACACUUUAUUCCCAGGCUUUAGAGAGCGACUGGAAGCGGAACUUCGCUCUCUGGUUCCCACCCACAUUCCUGUGUCGGUCAUGCUUCCCAACAAUCCCAUCACAUACUCAUGGGAAGGAGGGAAGUUACUGGCACAAAAUCCUGACUAUGAAGAGAUGGUAGUAACACGGGAUGACUACGAGGAGAACGGACAUUUUAUCUGUGAAGAAAAGUUUGACAUCUGAACCAGCACGACUAAACAGCUUUGGAUUAAUUUUGUUAUAUUGUUUCAAAAUCAGAAUGUCUUCAUUAUCAUUGUAACAGGCACAACAAAAUUAAAAUGUUGUGUUUUUUGUACUUUGUUU